AUGCUCUUACCUGGUACUUGUACUUACGAGGAAGAAAUAGAGAAUCUUGACGCCCUGGUUCGUCUUAAAAAGCCGUCCGAUAUCAUUCAAUUCUGCGCCGAUUACUUCCUCCGACGCCUUGCUGAACAAAGGAUUGCCUACCGGAUACAAAUUGCGUCGCAACCACACAAUUUCGGCGUCAUGUCUGGGACGACUUUCACAAGCCCCUUCGCGGCGAAUUCAAAUCCAUUUGGCACGGAUGGACCUAAACUCCAAACGACGUCAUCUGGGCAAUUGUUGAACGUUGUAGAGGAGGACGAGAAUGACGCUGUUACAUCGCCCACGACGGGUUCUUUCGGUGCAAAUGGCACCUUCCGUAUCCCUUUUGCUGGCGACGGUGCUUCAGAUGGACCUCCGUCGUCUGUGAGGACUCCUCCGAAUCCAGAUAGCUAUCCAGCACAAUACAACUUCGGUCGACGUACAUCCGUGUCAGCAGAGUCAUUGAAGCCGGUAGCUGAUGUUAAUGACAAUUGGACUCCGCCUUCGUAUCCUAAGCCUGCGGAGCAGCUUGACAGGUUGCAAAGAGCUAUCGAGGGAAACUUCUUAUUCAGUCAUCUCGACGAUGAACAAACCGCUCAGAUUCUCGGAGCUUUGCAAGAAAAGCCUAUCCCGGCUAAAGAUAUCAAGGUCGUUACACAAGGUGAUGCGGGCGAUUAUUUCUAUGUGGUGGAGAAAGGCUGUUUUGAUGUGUAUGUCAAUGAUACUGGCGCCUUGCAGCCAGGACCGGAUGGCAUGGGGAAAAAAGUGGGAAGUGUGCAGGCUGGGGGCUCUUUUGGUGAGCUUGCCCUUAUGUAUAACGCACCCCGAGCAGCCACUGUCGUCUCAUCCGAGCCGGGGUGUACGCUAUGGGCUCUCGAUCGUGUGACAUUCCGCCGAAUUCUCAUGGAGUCGACAUUUGCACGUCGACGCCUAUACGAAAAGUUCCUCGAGGAAGUGCCCCUCCUUGCCUCCCUUACCCCUUACGAAAGAUCCAAGAUUGCGGAUGCCCUCGAAACUCAAAAGUACCCCGCGGGAACGGAGAUCAUCAAGCAGGGUGACAUAGGACAGUCAUUCUAUCUUGUUGAGAGUGGGGAAGCCGACGCUUUUAAAAACGGUCAGCCUGAGUCUGUGAAGCAUUAUCAGAAGGGCGAUUUCUUCGGAGAGCUUGCGCUUUUGAACGAUGCACCGCGAGCUGCGAGCAUCAUUAGCGCUACAGAGAUCAAGGUGGCAACUUUGGGCAAAAGCGCGUUUGCUAGGCUCCUAGGCCCUGUUGAAGGGAUCAUGAGGCGGACGAGGUAUGUUGGGGUAGCAUCUGGCGUCGAAGACGUUGACCCGCUUCAUGCACCCUAGACUCUGUUUCCGUAACUAUUUUUUAGACGUCCGGUUGGACACCCAAGAUGAGAGGUUUUGGUGUGGCAGGCAGGCAAUGGUCACAUUCAUGGCAAGACGAAGCCAUUAUGAGGUUUAGGUGGCGUUUUUGUGGUAUUCUCCUUGUUGCCAAUAUUGAACAGGCUUUUAUGGAAGCUGUAGUCCUUGAUACCGUUAUACAACAUCACACGCAUCAUUUUAUAUACACCUCACGAAUCCCACCUAUCCGUAGAAUCAAUGUGAAUUGGUAUCAUGAAAUCUCCCUAACGCCUGAAUAACUAAAACUUGGCUGUGUGUCUAUCAGCGCAAAAAGCGCCAAAACCCCCCCGAUUUAACUAACUCAUUUUUCUUCAUCAUCGUCCUUAUUUUGGUACGUGUGUAGACACUGAAAACAACAUCUCCUCAUCCGCCGCCUCGCUGCU